GCGCGUGGCGUAUAAGGGACGGUGCGGCUUUGCUGCCGGCAGCCCAUCGCCCCCGCUCUGUCCCCUAGACUUCCUCCUCUCUCCCGGCUGUUCCCACUCUUUUUCCCUCCGACCGCAGGUCUGGGGAAGCUGGAGCAGGUUCUCAUGGGACGCGCCUGUCCCGGGGAGAGACGUCGGGGCUAGUUGCAGGGACUUCCCUUGCUCCCCACCCUCUUUCUCUACCCUUCCAGUUUUAGUCUGGGCCGCUGUGUACAGUGAGUCCCUAAGAAGUGUAGUAAGAUGGGGUACUGUUUAAUGAGCCGUAGGUUCGAAGCCGGGACGGAGUUUUCCUCGAAUCUUCAGGGUUUCCCACACCGUUCUGCCGGGCAUCUCAACUGCUGGUUACUCUUAACAAGUGUCCAGUUCCGGAUGCCCACCUUUGGUGACCUUGCCCAGUAGAAGGCUAUUUUAUUUCUACAACCUCUCAAGUUUUGACAUACAAGAUGAAGCAAGAUGCUACAAGAAAUGCUGCCUACACUGUGAAUUGUGAAGAUUAUGUGCAUGUGGUAGAAUUUAAUCCUUUUGAGAGUGGCAAUUCAGGAAACCUAGUUGCAUAUGGUGGCAAUAAUUAUGUGGUCAUUGGCACUUGUACUUUUCAGGAGGAAGAAGCAGACGUUGAAGGAAUUCAGUAUAAAACACUACAAAAAUUUCACCAUGGAGUCAGGGUAGAUGGCAUAGCUUGGAGCCCAGAAACUAGACUUGAUACAUUGCCUCCAGUAAUCAAAUUUUGUACUUCAGCUGCUGACAUGAGAAUCAGAUUAUUUACUUCAGAUCUUCAGGAUAAAAAUGACUACAAAGUUUUAGAGGGCCAUUCAGAUUUUAUUAAUGGUUUGGUGUUCGAUCCCAAAGAAGGCCAAGAAAUUGCAACUGUGAGUGACGAUCAUACCUGCAGGAUUUGGGACUUGGAAGGAGUUCAGACAGCUCAUUUUGCUCUUCAUUCCCCUGGAAUGAGUGUGUGCUGGCAUCCUGAAGAAACUUACAAGCUGAUGGUUGCAGAGAAGAAUGGAACAAUCCGAUUCUAUGACCUUAUUGCCCAACAGGCUAUUUUGUCUCUUGAAUCAGAACAGAUGCCACUAAUGUCAGCACACUGGUGCUUAAAAAACACCUUCAAAGUUGGAGCUGUUGCAGGGAAUGAUUGGUUAAUUUGGGACAUCACCCAGUCCAGUUAUCCUCAAGAGAAGAGACCUGUCCACUUAGAUCGAGCCUUCUUAUUCAGGUGGUCCACAAUUAAUGAAAACUUGUUUGCAACAACUGGCUACCCUGGCAAAAUGACAAGCCAGUUUCAAAUUCAUCAUUUAGGACACCCUCAGCCCAUCCUCAUUGGUUCUGUACCUGUUGGAUCUGGUCUCUCCUGGCAUAGAACUCUCCCACUGUGUGCAAUUGGAGGAGACCACAAGCUGCUGUUUUGGGUGACUGAGAUGUAAAAUAAAUUUUCUCUGUACUUUAGGCCCAUAAAGUUUGUAUUUUUAGUACAGAUUUUAGAGAAUUCCUUAUUUUUAUAUUAAGUACACAAUAAGAUUUAGAAAAGUCUCAUUUGUUGCUUUUGUUAAAUAAAAUCUUCAUGGCUCGAAAAAUUUUUUUCCUACUCUGUCGUCUCUGCUUUUUUCCACCUUUUAAGACUGUGUAAUUGACUCAGCGAACCAGCCCCAAAGAAGAGAGGCCUAAGGAAAAAUAAUACUUUUGAUUUAUCACAGGAUUCUUGAAAGUGUAUAUAUUUUGGUGAAUAUUUGCUAUUUUCCAAAUUCUCAGGGACACAAACAUUUACAUGAAGAUGAAAAGGUCUCUCCUUUCAGUGUUACCCUGGCAAUGGUUGAAUGUACGUGUGUGUAUACAUUUUCUUUAAUAAUCUAUAUUUAUAUUGAUAUAACUUCCUCAAUAAUUAUAAAGGAAUAUUAUUCAAUUUAAUAUUUCCAAAAAAAAUACGGUUUGCAAUUGCAGAAAAAUAUAAUUGAUUAUGUUAGUCACUACUGUUUACCAUAAGCAUAUUACUUUCUGACUGGAUUCCUCAACAUUCUCAGAAUAUCUGGUAUAUGGAAUUAAGCUUACCUCGGAAAAUGAGUUACAGUUUAAUGCCUUUAACAACUUCUUUUAUGAAUCUUCACCACUCUUAUGGAAAAACUUAAAUGUUUUUUUUUAAUUGGCUUUUUGUUUUGUUGAGAAUAUACAUAGCAGAACAUACACCAAUUCAACAGUUUCUACAUGUACAUUUCAGUGACAUUGAUUACAUUCUUCAUGUUGUGCAGCCAUUCUCACCAUCUUUUUCUGAGUUGUCCCUCCUCCAUUAACAUAAACUCACUGCCCCCUAAGUUUCCUAUCUAGUCUUUCGAGUUGCUGCUAUAAAUUUGAUACCAUAUAGAUGUUGCUGUAGGUAGGUGUCGUUGAGUCAGUUCCAACUCAUAGCAACCCUAUGUACAACAGAAAAAAACACUACCCGGUCCCGCACCAUCCUCAUAAUCAUUGUUAUGCUGGAGCCCAUUGUUGCAGCCAGUGUCAGUCUACCAUGUUGAGGGUCUUCCUCUUUUUUGCUGACCCUCUACUUUACCCAGCAUGAUGUCCUUCUCCCGGGACUGGUCUUUCCUAAUAAGGUAUCCAAAAUAUGUGAGACAAAGUCUCGCCAUCCUCACUUCUAAGAAACAUUCUGACUGUACUUCUUCCAAGGCAGAUUUGUUUAUUCUUCUGGCAGUCCAUAGUAUAUUCAAUAGUCUUCACCAGCACCAUAGUUCAAAGGUGUCUAUUCUUCUUUGGUUUUCCUUGUUCAUUGUCCAGCUUUACCAUGCAUAUGAGACAAUUGAAAACAACAUGGCUUGGGUCAGGCGCACCUUGAUCCUCAAAGUGACGUCUUUGCUUUUUAACACAUUAAAGAGAUCUUUUGCAGCAGAUUUGCCCAAUGCAAUACAUCAUUUGAUUUCUUGACUGCUGCUUCCAUGGGUGUUGAUUGUAGAUCCAAGUAAAAUGAAAUCUUUGACAACUUCAGUCUUUUGUCCAUUUAUCAUGAUAUUGCUUAUUGGUCCAGUUGUGAGGAUUUUUGUCUUCUUUAUGUUGAGGUGCAAUCCAUACUGAAGGCUGUGGUCUUUGACCUUCACCAAUAAGUGCUUCAAGACCUCUUCACCUUCAGCAAGCAAGGUUGUGUCAUCUGCGUAUCGCAGGUUGUUAAUGAGUCUUCCUCCAAUCUUGAUGCUCCAUUCUUUUUUAUAUAGUCCAGCUUCUUGGAUUAUUUGCUCAGCAUACAGAUUGAAUAGGUGUGGUGAGAGUAUGCAACCCUGAAGCACACCUUUCCUGGACAUUAAUCCACACAGUAUUCCUUGUCCUGUUCAAACAACUGCCUAUUGGUCUAAGAACAGGUUCCUCAUGAGAAUAAUUAAGUGUUCUGGAAUUGCCAUUCUUGGAAAUGUUAGCCAUAAUUUGUUAUGAUCCACACAGUAAAAUGCCUUUGCAUAGUCAAUAAAAAACAGGUAACUAUCUUUCUAUCUUUCUGGUAUCCUCUGCUUUCAGCCAGGAUCCAUCUGACAUCAACAAUGAUAUUCCUUGUUACACAUCCUCUUCUGAAUCUGGCUUGAAUUUCUGGCGGUUGCCUUUCAGUGUACUGCUGUAACCACUUUUGAAUGAUCUUCAGCAAAAUUUUACUUGUGUGUGAUAUUAAUGAUAUUGUUCGAUAAUUUCUGCAUUCUUUUGAAUCACUUUUCUUUGGAAUGGGUACAAAUAUGGAUCUCUUCCAGUUGGUUGUCCAGGUAGCUCUAUUCCAGAUUUCUUGGCAUAGACAAGUGAGCGCCUCUAGCGCUGCAUCCAUUUGUUCAAACACUCAAUUGGUAUUCCGUCAAUUCCUGUGGAGUCUUGUUUUUCAGAAAUGCCUUCAGUGCAGGUUGGACCUUUUCCUUCAGUACCAUCAGCUCCUAAUUAUAUGCUACCUCCUGAAAUGGCUGGAUGUUGGCCAAUUCUUUUUGGUACAGUGACUCUGUGUAUUCCUUCCGUCUUCUUUUGAUGCUUCCUGGGUAGUUCAGUGUUUUCCCCAUAGAAUCCUUCCAUAUUGCAACUUGAGCCUUGAAUUUUUCAUUCAGUUCCUUCAGCUUGAGGAAUGCCAAGCAUGUUCUUCCCUCUAGGCUUUUUAUCUACUUUACUUUGUCUUCUCUAGCUGCCCUUUGAAAUCUUCUGUUCAGCUCUUUUACUUCAUUGUUUCUUCCGUUCACUGUAGCUACUCUCUGUUCAAGAGCAACUUUCAGAGUUCCCAUAUGGAUAGAUCUUAAAAGAGCACAGUGCUCAAGGCAGUCAUUCUUUAUUAGUUAAGCUAAACUAUUGGUUUUAAGAAGACUUCAAGGGAUAUUUUUGGGAAACUUAACUGUUUUGCAGUAGCAUCUAGGACUAUAUUCACCCUCUCAAAGAUAAUUGAAAUCCACUUUACGUAAGACAGACAUACUAUAUUUCUGUGAUGCGUUAUAAUGUAGUCAGAAUAGUAUGAGAUUAUAGUUCUGCUUGUCAGUCGAGUAUAGAGUUAUAUCACUUCCUACAAGCUGUGCGUUCUUGCAAUUUAAUGCCCACUCUGAGUCUCCAUUUCCUCUUGUAAGAUAGAGAUAGGAAUCGUUGUCUCCUUGAGUUGCUGUGAGAAGUAAAUAAAGGUGAAUGAAAACAAUGAGCAUGUGUCCACCUUACAGGUCAGGGCUUUGUAGAUAUUAUUGAUGUUUCUCAGAGAUGUAUAGUUAUUUUGGAGGAUUCGAAGAUUUGGUUUCAAUUAAUAGUGCCAAUAAAUAUUUUUUGCUCAAGAAUCUUAUUGAAUCAAGAAAAUUAUCUUUGAGACACAGACAUUUUUCAGGUAGUAAUGAAUUCAGUGGAAUUUUGUAGUAGUUCAGAUGUUCCGUAUAAAUUGUUGCAUGCUUUAAAGUACAGAUAAAAAAUUGAUAUCAAUUUCCAAGGCAUUCAUUCAGUACAGUAAAUGUUAUUGCCAAAUAACAUAAGUAGUUUACUCCUUCAUAAGCAAAUUUAACCUUAAAAAGAGAAAAGCAAAAGGCAGGAAGUUUGGAUAUUGUUCCUUUUAAUAGGGUAGGUCAAAGGAAUAUAGCAUCAAUAGAUCAGAAUUUUUCAUUUCAGGAUGUAUCCAGAAAAUAAGUAGGUCAUCCCUUGGGUCAGUGGGUUUGAAAUUGUUGUCUCAUGCUUAGAAAAAUUGACUUCAAAAUAGAGUGGGUUGUGUUUCAGGAUGAAGACUGGGGAGAUGAUAAGUCAGACUUAGGUGUCUAGGAAAUGGAUUCUCUGGAAUAAAGACUUGGCCAAAAUGUAAUCUGGUGAAAUUACCUUUAGGACUGCUAUCUAUUAUUAUGGGAAGCUGUCCUCAAAAAAGGUAAUUGCUGAUGGUGAUAAAAAUACUGUUGUGUUAAAAAGAGACAGAAAGUGUUAUACGCGGGAAACAGUGGUUCCAUUUGUGAAUCAUCAUUAGGCAACUAUAUAAGUUAAUGUAAGAUGAGACAUUCUCAAGAAAUGUAAGGGAUUCCCUUAUCUCUUAGUUUCAGGAGUAGAAUACACUUUAUCCUGAGUAAGCGUGGAGAACUCUAACCCUCCUUUUCUUUGUUUACAUGUUACAUAUACUCUAUAGUACUGUUUUCCAACUUCAAUUACUUUGAAGUGGUAGAAUAAUAUUCUUUUUCCUUAGUAAACUUUGUUCUUUUAAGUGUAUUUAAAUUGAAGAAAAAGACAAGAGAAAACAUUUAAAUGAGGAAUUACUUAUUGGUCAUCACUUCCUAAUUCCUGAUAAAUAACAUGAAAUCUGAGUGUAUGUCUCAGUUUUAAUUAUUCCAUGUUUGUUAAUAAAUACAUGUAAAAGAGUUCUUCUUCUGUUGGAAAUAACCUUUUCUCAGGAUUGCUUCACUUACAAACAUUGUGGAAAAGAAAAAAAGUACUUAUGUUCUAGAACUUGUGUAAUUUAGGACUGUUGAAGCAAAAGUCAGGAUAUCACAAAUCUGUAAGAUGUCAGAGCUAAAUCCUACUCUUUCAAAAUGAUGGGAUCAUAAGUCUCAUUUUAUUUUUAUGAUUUGGCUUGUAUGUUGUGAAUAAUUCAGUGUCUCUCCUAUGCCAAAACAAAAUCACACACCCAUGUACUCCAGUUUGUUUCUUUGGUAAUUUGUGAAUACAUAUUGACACUGACCUAGAAAUGUUCCUGUUGCUGUUUUAAAUCUCAUGUCAGCGGAGCAAAAAUUGAAGUCUGGUUUGCACAUUUGUGCCUGUUUUUUUGUAACUAUCCAAAGUCUUACAUUAUCCCAGAAAUGCUGUGUUAUGGAUUGAAAUGUGUCCCCCAAAAAUAUAUGUUGUAAAUCCUAACCUCUGUGCCUGUACUUAUAAUCCAUUUGGGAAUGGGUUGUCUUUGCUAUAUUAAUGAGGCAGGAUUAGUAUAAUUUUGAGUCAAUCUCUUUUGAGAUACAAGAGGGAUUAAAUGCAAGCUAGCAAGGGCAGACAGGAAGAGAGAUGCCAAGCACAUUAUAAUUGCCUAGGAGCAGAAGCUCAGAAGAAAUAAGGACCUUCCUCCAGAGCCAACAGAGAGAGAAAGAAAGCCUUCCAGACAGUGCCCUGAAUUCAGACUUCUAGUUGUAAGAAAAUAAAAUUGUUUCUUAAAGACAUCCACUUGUGAUAUUUCUGUUACAGCAGCACUAGAUAACUAAAACAGAAUUUGAUACAAGAGUGAGGUGCUGCUCUAACAGAUACCUAAAAUGUGAAAGCAGUUUUUAAAACUGGGUAAUGGGUAGAGGCUGGAAGAGUUUUAAGGUGUCUAACAGUAAAACCUAGACAGCCUUGAAGAAACAGCUGGUAGAUUACUGAUGUCAAAGGCAAUUCUGAUGAGGGCUCAGAAGGAAGUGAGGAGAGCUAUAGAGAAAGUCGGUAUCAUCUCAGAGAAUAUAUAUGAUGCCAGCAAUGGAACGUUGCUAGAAACAUGGAUGUUAAAGUUUUUCUGCUGAGGCUUUAAGAGAAAAUGAUGAACAUGAUUGGACAAUGGAGGAAAGGCAAAGCUUUUUAUUCAGUGGAAAAGAACUUGUCUGAAUUAUGUUCAAAUGUUUGGUGAAAGGUAGAACUUGUAAGUGAUGAACUUGAAAAUACCUGGCUAAUGAGAUUUCUAAGCAAGAUUUUAAAGGGGCCACAUGGUUUCUCCUUGCCUCUUACAGUAAAAUGUGAGGGGAAAGAGACAGACUUUAAAAUGAGUUGCACAAAAUGAAAGCAGAACCUAAAGAUUUGGAAACUUCUGGACACACAUAUCCUAGAAUGUUCACCAAGAAAGUGGGCUACACAAUCUUUUGUUAAGGAAGUUAAGCCUGUACCUAGUAGAUCUAGCCAACUACCACAACAGAAUACCCAUCAGCUUAAUCUGAAGGAAACAGAGAAAGAACAAAAGGAAAGAACACUGCCUCUUGGAAAUUUAUAGUCAUGAAAUAGGCCAAAGGAACUACAUCUAUUCUCCUCCAGGAAAAGAAAAUGACCAUCCCUGGAGCAGCACAGAGAUCAGCAGAACUGUUGGAAGAAUCACGGAAAGCAGGGCCUUCCUAGUUUCAAAGGGUGGGGUCACGGUCUCGUGGGUCUCAAAGCAUGGUACCACAGCUUUCUAGGUUUCAAAGAGUAGAAUCUUUCCCAACUGGGUUCUGGAGUGUACGGCUGCCCUUUAGAUGUGCCAGAGAGAUGGGGACACCACCCAAAGCUGAGGUGGGGCUGCUAUGCCCACAGGGCAGAAGAACAGAGCUAGCCAGGGCCAACGGUGUAAAGCACCACUCAAAUGGACUAGGAGAUGGGGCUACCAGUAGCUGAGGGAGCAGAGUUGCAGUUGUAGAGGGCCUGGAAGAGGGAGCUGAAGCCAAGGGCCCUUCACUAGAAUCCAGAGGAUGUGGCCAACAUCCAGAGUCUGGAGCGCAGGGCCACUGCCCAGAUGGUCUCAGAGAACAGAGGGUUAUUUUCAAACCUUGAGAACUAAUGUAAAUUUGGACUUGCUUGGUGCCUGUUAUCCCUUCUUUCACUCCAAUUUCUCCCAUUUGUAGUGGAAAUUUCUACCUGGGGCCUAUUUCACGAUUGUACUUUGGAAAGAUAACUUGUAAUCUAUAUUUCAUAAGUUCACAGAUGAAGAGGAAUUUUGCCUCAGGAUGGAAUACAUCUAAAGUCUCGCCAGUAUUUGAUUUAGAUGAUUCAGAAGAUGAGAUUUUGGACUUGGAGUUGAUUUAAAACUUUUGGGAUAAUGUGAUUGUGUGAAUGUGUUUUGCAUGUGGCAAUGGCAUGAAUUUUGGGGGAGCCAAAGGGGAAAAUGUUACAGACUGAAUUGUGUUCCCCAAAAAUAUGUGUUGUAAAUCCUAAUUUUUAUGCCUGUGCUUAUAAUCCCAUUUGAGAAUUUCUUGUGUUAAUGAGGCAGGAUUAGUGUAGACCGUAUCUUGAGUCAAUCUCAUUUGAGAUAUAAAAGAGAUUAAGGUGCGAGAUAGCAGGGGAGUUGGGGAAAGACAGAUGCCAAGCAUAUGAAGACUGCCCAGGUGCAGAAACUCAAGAGACAAGGACCCUCAUCCAGAGCCAACAGAGAGAAGGCCUUCCCCUAGAGUUGGCGCCCUGAAUUUAGACUUCUAGCCUCCUAAACUGUGAGAAAAUAAAUUUGUUUUUUGUAAGUCCAUCAGUUGUUGUAUUUUUGUUAUAGCAGCACUAGGUAACUAAGGCAUGUUGAUUGGGAAGUUAUAAGGAAGUAUUGUGCCCAAGAUUAAUUCUAAUAGUUCUGAGGAGAGAAAAAGUAGUUGCUCCAAAAUGUUUCUCAUCUUUUUCUGUAGCUCAAAAAGUUAAACUCAAUUUAAUUCAACUUUAUACCAUACCAGUAAUAGCCUUAGUUCUGAGCCCAAAUGAAAGUUGCAAAGUAAAAAUGACUGUUAUAGUGAUCAAAACCUGCCAACAAAAAAAAAGGCCAAGACCACAUGGCUUUACUGGGAAAUUCUAACAAAAUUUUGAGAUUAGACAAUACCACUGUUUAAACUCUUCCAAAAGAUAGAGAAGGAAGGAAUACUCCCUAAUUCGUUCUAUGAAGUAAACAUAACUGAUGCCAAAACCAAAGACACCACAAGAAAAGAAAACUAUAGACAAAUAUCUCUUAUGAAUACAAUAUAGAUGCAAAAAUCCUCAACAAAAUACUAGCAAACAGAAUCCAACAGCAUUAAAAGAGUCAUACACCAUGACCAAGUGGGAUUCAUUCCAAGAAUGCAAGGAUGGUUCGACUUUAGAAAAUCCAUCGGUGCAUCAAUAGAACAAGUAAAAGAACCACAUGAUUCUCUCUAUGGAUGCAAAAAAAAAAAAAGCAUUUGAUAAAAUCCAACA